CUGCUUUACAUUCAAAGUUACUUAUGUGGGUUUUCGUCUACUUGGUGAUCAUCGACAAAAGUCUCACCCACACGACGAAAGUGGUCGUCCUUCGAUUUUGGAGAUCACGAUCAUUUCGAGUUGAAAAUUACAUCAUUCAUAGACCGUCUGUCGCCGCGGUCAGACUGAUCGAGAUUUUGGUUGUGGCGCACUUGUGAUAAGAUGUUAGUUGGCAAAGUCGGAGUUUUGGUGUUCGCUUUAGUCGCAGUUAUAACAGGACAAAUUGCGCAUCAUCCGCCGAGCACAAAUCCUGAUUUUCCAGGACACUGUUGGCUUGAGGAUUUCAAGAAGGCUCUCAAGGGUGAUGAAUCAUGGACAGAUAGGGACAAUUGCGUGCUCUACUCUUGCUCCGCUGACGACUUUUCAUACCAAAUAUCAGGAUGCGGUGCGCUACAGCCUUCCGAUCCUGAGUGCGUGAUCUCAGCCGGAGACAACACGAAAGACUUCCCAGAUUGUUGUGCCCGAGUGUCAUGCAAAUGAAUUUCAGCGACCGCUGAUCUGUUCUGAUCAACUCUGUGUUGAGCAAUCGUGAUGUUUUGACUUCUUCUUUCGACUGCUGAGGACUUGCCCAAUAACUGAGAACUUCUCCCUCAAAAUAUGUGACCGAGACACACAUUUGGAGUAUGAAGAGGAGAAAAUGAUACUGACAAAUGGUUAACGGUUCUGAGGCACAUCGCGAGACGUGCCAAAGAGUGGCACUCAAAAAUGCCUCAGUUGAGACGUCUUCAUUUACCAAUGCGCGCACUAAACUCUCUACUAAUAACAGUUAUACAA